GACGUCAGGUCCAGGAAGUGAGUGAACAUAAAGACUUUUUAAACGAAGGAGAGAAACUUUGUCCAGUCAGAGGAAGGCGAGGAAGCGACAAGUUGACAUUUUAUCUUCAUUAAACUUCCUUUUUUCCGUUUUCACAUAAAUCAACAUGACAAACGGCCACAUCGAAAUCUACGACCCCUUGUCCAACGGUCUCACCGGCAGCCCGGAGCCCACGUCUCCGUCGGACUCGCCCGAGUCCAGCAUGGAGGACACGGUGGAGUACAGGAUCAUGAUGGCGUACGCGCAGAGGAGACGACCCCAGAAGAAGGUGGCUUCACCGGGCGGCCGGGACGAGGACGUUAACGGCGGCGACGCAAACGGAACGGCUCCAUCUGCAGUCAGUCCGGAGAAAGAAGGGCUGACGGAGGAGAAAACAAAAAACAAGAAGAAGAAGAAGAAGGGAUUAAAGGGACUCGUGAACUUUUUCAGCUGCGUCAAACCUCAGACCAAAGACGAGGAACCGCAGAAAACGCCGGAUGAUGAUGAUCUGGUCUGUGUCAGAGCGUUUCAGAGUGAGGAUGACGUGUCCGAAAAAGGAGACGCCGAGGACCAGCUGGGAAACGUCGCCGACCGACUGACUGAGAUCGCAGAGGAAAUCCCGUUCAUUCCUCCAGAAAUCGAAACGGACAAUGAAGAGAAUGAAGUGGAGAGAGUCAUCGGUCUGAUUCUGAGGGAAUCUGGAGACAGACUGAAUGAGAGGGAGCUUAGAAACGCAAACAUCGCAGCGGAGCUGUUUUGGAACUACAGCUUCUUUAGCAAACUGAUAUCGGGUCUGCUCAUGAAGAUGGGCCUCAAGUCCCUCAACCCCGAGUCUCCGGGGCCGAAGGCGUCGCCGAAAACCCAGAUCGCCGUCAUGUGCGAGGUCACCAGUCGUCUGUCAGCGGUGGACACGCUGCCCACGCAACGCCUCCUCGACCACGGAGCCAGAUACAUGCAGGAUUAAUUCUCCUCGUGGGCGGAGCAGCAGGGCGGCUACGAAGCCGCCUUUGAGGACGAGGUCGAGUGAACGGACGGAGGGAGACGUUGAAAAGCUGCCACAUCAUCGAUCAUUCGGGACGUGAUCAAAUCUCCAUCUUUAUCGUAGUGUGUUAGAAAAAUAAAUAAAAUAAACGGUAUUCCUGAGCACUAGCACUUUUACUUAAAAGAAACAAAAAAAACUUCUUACUGGAGUUUAUAUUAUUAGCAUUAUUAUCGCUUUUUGUAAUUCAGUAUCGACUGUACUGUGUCAAACGUUUAUGACGAAACACGAAAUGCCAAAUGAAUGCUCUUGUUUUGCUAUUUAUUAAAUAGUAGCUGUCAUAAGAAAUGUUCUUAUUGUCAUAAUAAAUGUUUACUUGAAUUAAAAAAAAAAAA